AUGUUUAGAUUAUUAUUUAAUCAUCAACAACAUAGAACUACUAUUUUAAAUACAAAUAGAUUAUUAUUUAAUAAUAAUAAUAAUAGUAGAUUCUAUUCUUCAUAUGUUGUUGCUGCAGCUGCUACUGGUGAUAAUGUAAUUAAAACAUUAAGAUCAAGAGGAUUCAUCUAUCAGAUGACAAAUAACGAUGAGGAGAUGGUGAAGAUUACAAACACAUCAAUAUCGUUGUAUGCUGGAUUCGAUCCCACUGCAGAUAGUCUUCAUAUUGGUAAUCUAUUAACUCUGAUGGUACUGCUACACUUUAAGCGUCACGGACACAAACCAGUUGCAUUGCUUGGUGGUGCCACUGCACUCAUCGGUGAUCCAAGUGGUAAAUCAACUGAUAGACCACAAUUAGAUAGAUCCUAUGUUGAAAACAAUUCAUCAUAUAUCAAUGAAAACAUUGUUGAUAUUCUUGGUAAGGAUACAACUAUCGUUAAUAAUAUCGAUUGGAAUAAGAGUAUCUCUAUUAUCGAUUUCUUUAGAGAUGUAGGAAGAUAUUUUAGAGUUGGAAAUAUGCUAAGAAAGGAUUUCGUACAUAAUAGACUUGGAACACUCUCAGAGAAUGGUAAACAAUUGUCGUUGAACGACGACGACUCUGCAUCGGGUAUCAGUUUGCCAGAGUUUUGUUAUUCAUUGUUCCAGGCCAAUGACUUUGUACAUCUCAAUCAGACACACCAAUGUGUAAUACAAGUUGGAGGUUCAGAUCAAUGGGGAAAUAUCACUGAUGGUUGCGAACUAAUCAAAAAGAAACUGAGUAAACCUGCAUACGGUAUUACCAUUCCACUAUUAACCAAUUCACAAGGUAAAAAACUUGGUAAAAGUGAAGGAAAUUCCAUAUGGUUAUCAUCAAAAAAAACAAGCGCAUACAAUUUCUAUCAAUAUUGGAUUCAAGUUUCCGAUCAAGAUGUAGAGAAACUUUUGAAACUAUUUACUUUGUUGCCACUCGAGGAAAUUCAGAGUAUCGUUGAUGCUCACAACAAAGAACCACAUCUACGAUUGGGACAAAAGAAAAUAGCAGAGUGUGUCACUCAACUGGUACACGGAGAUAGAGGUUUGGAGGAUGCGAUUAAAACUACAAAUUUAUUGUUUGGCGAUAACAAAUUGAAUUUACAAGAUCAUUCCGAAUCAAAGGAGAUCGGUAGAUUGCUCUCUGGUGUCAAUAUUUCAACUAGUUUGUCCAAGUCAGAGUAUCUGUCGACUCCAAUCAGCAGCAUCUUUUCCAAGGUUUCCGGUUUGUCAAAGAACCAAUCGAAAUUGCUAAUCAACAACCAAUCACUCUACCUCAAUGGUGAACAAGUUAAAUCGCCAGCACAACUGCUGGAGCCCGAAUGUUUGAUUGACAAUAGCUUUGUCAUUCUAAGAUCUGGUAAAAAGGCAUUCCAUUUGAUCAAAUUCGAUUAA